AUGCCAGCCCUGAGCCUGAGAGCAACUCGUGCUGCCGAUCCAGCCAUCAGGCGCACAGCAGAUGGCGAAGAAGAAGACAAAACGUGCUGCAGCGCCCGCAGAUGCCGCCAAGGUGUGGUGAACGGGUGCUAUGCUGCCAAGAAUGUGUUCAUGCACGGCCCAGCAGCUGAGGCCGCUGGUAAGUCAGCUGCAUUAGCAUCAACGCCUGUGGAAGGACGGGAGGCGGACAAUGCAGCCACGGAAGAAGCCGGGGCACAGCCGGCGACGGAGAGCAGGCGAGUGCAGAAGAGGGUUGCCAAGCAGACGAGGCUCAUGGACAAUUUGAGGCGAACACAAACUCUCAUUGCUGCUGCUAGGGGAGACUCAAAGACCAAGAAGGCGUCUAAGAAGAAGAAGAAAGGCGCAGUCACCAACCUCCCAACCAGCCUCACACUGGAUACACUCGCAUCAUCGCUGGGGGACGCCCUGCCAGAUGCACUGGCUCUGGGCAAGGAGGGGGAGAAGCGGCUGUCUGCGAAGCAGCGAGGGAAGAUCGUAGUUGAAGAGACCAAGCAAAUGGCUGCAGUGCUGUCACACCCCGCCUUCAAAUCCAACCCCUUCACAGCCAUUCAGCAGCACCUCUCAAACACUCUUCCCUCGGCAGUCGCCCCACCCCCUCUCCCUACCAAGUUCGCAACGAGGCAAGCCCAACAAGCCUUGGAGAAGAAGAAGAAGAAAAAGAAGGCGAAGAAGAAAGCAGGCGGAGUGCAGGGGGAAGAUGCUAUGGAGAUUUGA